CAUAGAAAGUGAAACCGAUGAGGUUCGUCUUAGAUUUAAAUCGGGCAGUGAUUGUGCUGAUGCUUUAGCUUGGUUGUUAUCAAGUGAUGGUCAACGUUUUAUGCUCAAUGUCAAUCAUUUGGUAUUUGUACUUGGUACAAAUGAUAUUCAUCGAGCAGGAGCUUAUGAAAGUAUUCGCCGUAUCGAUUAUACCAUUGACACGAUUAGACGUCUGUAUCCUGGUGUAAACAUAGUAUGGCAAUUACUUCAACGAAGAACAAGAAAAACUUGGCUUUUACCAGAGGGUUCAACGGUAUUAAAUGAAAUCAAAAAGUGCAACGUAGAACUACUUCAACUGGCUUCAGAAAAAAACUUCGACACAAUUCAAUCAUUAAUGAAAUGUAUGAUGGUCUCCAACCAACAUCAUAUGGUGUUAGAAUGA